CCAGUACCCGCAGCUGAUCGCGCCUGAAACGUGGGACCAGUUUUGUGCUAAUAUCAAUCGGCUUAAAAACUGCAUCAAAUUGCUGAGUGUUGCAUUUUUCUGUUGUACAUUCGUAUUCAUUCGUGUGCCUUUUUUCAAGUGUAAUCUUGACAAAGCGGUUCUCGAUGUGCAUAUUUUGUUGACGAUGGGAUUUUUCGUGAUUUUUGAUUUUUAUCACUUGCCAAAACGUUUUAUUCAGCAGCGACAAACGUUUACCAAUAAUAUUUUUAUUUCCAUUUGGACAAUUUGGUCCAAAGUACGUAUGCGAGGCUCAGUUAUAGGUUCUGCGUUAUUGUAGCAUUAAUUAAUUGCAAACGUGCAUUGUUUAGCGUGCUGCUUUCUUCCGGUGCGCUAUUCCAAGUUUCACUAUGAUAAACCAAUGCAAUCAAAUUGUUUAAUUACUAACCAGAAAUUAUUGCCUUAUUAGUAAUUUAAAUGCGGCGAUAAAUUAAAGAUCAGUUAUUCUGGCUAGUGAAAUUGUGAUCCAUGCUUACGCAUACAUGAUAUUAUGUGCUAAAAAUACCUUUUAUGAAACUUUCUUCUGAAAUGGAUUUAUGUCGUAACGAAUUCGGCUAUCAUCCGGUGAAUACUUAUCUGAAUAUAACGUGCGCAUUGUGCUACGUAUACACAUUCCAUUCUACCGAUUCGACCAAUUAUCCGUUGACCUAUCAUCCGGAUGGAUAUCUCACUAAUUAUGAUGCUUUGCCCGACGGAAAUAAAACGCUGCGUCAAUUGUAUUUGCCGUUGGCUUCCGAUCGAAAUGCGCCCGUUUACAGUGUAGGGUUUCCAAGUUGGGAAGUGGACCGAGAUGCGGAAGUGUGGAAGCAGUGCUGCCAGGCCGCCGCAGAUUGCUGUAGCCAGCAGCAACGAGCUGGGAACGAUAGCGACUGUCCGCCGACGUGGGAUGGAUGGCAAUGUUGGCGAGGCGCUAAGGCAGGCGAAAUAUUACAGGGACACUGCCCUAGACAUAUUCAGCCAUUUGCUAGGUCUACGUGUACAGGUGUGGCAGAAAAAGUCUGUACUCAAAAUGGGACUUGGUACGCAAAGCAUGCCGGCCCAGAGGACCCAUCGUUCUCGAAAGAGUGGACUAAUUACACGGAAUGUCUUAAUUUGUCACCACUGGAAAGUCGGUUUCAAGUGCAAAUGGUGACUUACUGUAUCUCUAUUGCAUUUCUUGUGCCAGCAUUGUUAAUCUUCUGGAGAUGCCAGCAUCUUCAGGUGCAGCGCAACUUAAUUCACGUGAACUUCUUCGUAUCACUGCUGCUGUACGCAAUUACGCUAACAGUUUUCCACGGACUGGUAACUCAGCAGCUCCUGAGCGAUCCGGAUCUACUUUUGCUGGAGCAUCACGAUGUUUGGCAGUGCCGGGUGGUUUACGGUCUUACUAAAUACUUCCGACUGUGUAAUUACUGCUGGAUGCUAUGCGAGGGUUUAUUCCUACUCCGUCACCUAAAACAUGUGUUUAUGAGAGAACAAAGAUUCUACGUUUACAUAUUAUACGGAUGGGGAUUGCCGUUUUUGCCGGUUAGCAUUUAUGCUGGGGUGCGAUGGUCGGAAAAUGGCUGCUGGAUAGAACCUGUGGAAGUCUUGGAGUGGCUAUUCAAAGGACCUGCUCUCCUAUCGCUGAGUUUGAACUUUUUAUUCCUCUGGUAUAUCAUUUGCUUACUCGUUAAAAAGCUUCAAACCCGAUAUGUCAGCGAAAUCGGUAAAGUAAGGAAAAGUUUUCGCGCUAUCCUAGUGCUGAUGCCUCUUUUUGGACUGCAUUUUGUCAUAACGGCGUAUCGACCGGCGGACUCCUGUCAUACGCAGUGGUACUUUUACUUAAACAAUGCUUUGGACGGACUUCAAGGCUUUUUUGUUUCGGUGACCUUUUGUUAUUGUAACGGCGAGGUCAUUGCGGUAUUUAAACGUUCCCUACGACUCUGGAGGUUGCGUCGAGGAAAUAUGCCUCGCAGCGAUAGUGCGGCCAUCCGUUCGUUAAGCACCGUCACUAGGAUUUCACCGUUGAACAGCGUGAGACACUCCUCAACCAAAAGCACGAAAAGCCCUCAUGCUCGGGUUUGUCGGUACGAUUCCCUCAUGGGCACUCGGCAGUCUAGCGUGGAGAAAAAGGAACUGCUGCGAAAAUCUAACAGCAGCCCUUUAAGUAUUGAAACAGGAAUGUAAGCGGCUACCCAGCUCGGAAAUUUUGUUUUCUAUUGUUCGCUGAGCAUUGCCUUCUCUAUUGUAUUAAGAAACCUGUGAUUCGUAUCAGCGGUAUCUUGUUUUCCGCUGCGAUAUUGUUUAUAUUAUAACCUGUUGAUUUUGAUACUUAAAAGCGAUUCCCUUGCAAGUGUUCCUUUUUUGAUCAUACAGUUUAUAUACAGUAAAACCUGUGACUUUGAA